GGGAGGAGCGGGCGGAGCGGCUGCGGGAGUUGCUGGGAGUGCGCGCGGUCGGAUCACAAGGCGGCGGCGGCGGCGGCGGCGGCCCAGAGACCCGAGCGCGGAGACCUCAGCCCGAGGCCUACGCCGAGAGCCUGCUCUGCACCGGAGGACCGGGGAAUCGCGCUGUGCAUCACCGAGGUACUGUGCUCCGCGCUCCCCGCUCGGCCCGGCCCAGUGCGCUGUGGCUGCGCCUCCUUCCUUCCUCCUUCCCUCGCUCUCGCCCGCCCGCGCCUUCCCUGCCCGCCUGCGUCACCGCGGCCGCCAUGGCUGAGAACGGCGAGAGCAGCGGCCCCCCGCGCCCCUCCCGCGGCCCUGCUGCGGCCCCAGGCUCGGCCGCUACUCCCACCGAGCCCAAAAUCAUUAAAGUCACUGUGAAGACCCCCAAAGAGAAAGAGGAGUUCGCAGUGCCCGAAAAUAGCUCCGUCCAGCAGUUUAAAGAAGCGAUCUCCAAACGCUUCAAAUCUCAAACCGAUCAGUUAGUGCUGAUUUUUGCUGGCAAAAUCUUAAAAGAUCAAGAUACCUUGAUGCAGCAUGGCAUCCAUGAUGGACUGACUGUUCACCUGGUUAUCAAAAGCCAGAACCGACCUCAGGGCCAGUCCACCACACAGCCUAGCAGUGCCGCGGCAACUACUACUACCUCCGCGUCGACUCCCAGGAGUAACUCCACACCUAUCUCCACAAAUAGCAACCCCUUCGGCUUGGGGAGCCUGGGAGGACUUGCAGGCCUUAGCAGCCUAGGCCUGAGCUCGACCAGCUUCUCUGAGCUCCAGAGCCAGAUGCAGCAGCAGCUCAUGGCCAGCCCUGAGAUGAUGAUCCAGAUCAUGGAAAAUCCCUUUGUUCAGAGCAUGCUUUCGAAUCCCGAUCUGAUGAGGCAGCUCAUUAUGGCCAAUCCACAGAUGCAACAAUUGAUUCAGAGAAACCCAGAAAUCAGCCACCUGCUCAACAACCCAGAUAUAAUGAGGCAGACCCUGGAAAUUGCCAGGAAUCCAGCCAUGAUGCAAGAGAUGAUGAGAAAUCAAGACCUGGCUCUCAGCAAUCUCGAAAGCAUCCCAGGUGGCUACAAUGCGCUAAGGCGCAUGUACACUGACAUUCAGGAGCCGAUGCUGAAUGCCGCACAAGAGCAGUUUGGGGGUAAUCCGUUUGCCUCGGUGGGGAGCAGUUCCCCCUCUGGGGAAGGCACUCAGCCUUCCCGCACAGAAAAUCGAGAUCCACUACCUAAUCCGUGGGCGCCCCCACCGGCCACGCAGAGCUCUGCGACCACCAGCACGACCACAAGCACUGCCAGUGGCUCUGGCAGUGGCUCCAGCAAUGCUGCUGGGAACACCGUGGCGGCAGCCAAUUACGUUGCCAGCAUUUUCAGUACUCCAGGAAUGCAGAGUCUGCUGCAGCAGAUCACUGAAAACCCCCAGCUGAUUCAGAACAUGCUGUCCGCACCCUACAUGAGAAGCAUGAUGCAGUCACUGAGCCAGAAUCCAGACCUGGCUGCACAGAUGAUGCUGAACAGCCCGCUGUUCACUGCCAAUCCUCAGCUGCAGGAGCAGAUGCGUCCACAGCUCCCGGCUUUCCUGCAGCAGAUGCAGAAUCCAGACACACUCUCGGCCAUGUCAAACCCGAGAGCAAUGCAGGCUUUAAUGCAGAUCCAGCAGGGGCUACAAACAUUAGCCACUGAAGCGCCUGGCCUCAUUCCCAGCUUCACUCCUGGCGUGGGGGUGGGAGUGCUGGGAACCGCCAUCGGCCCGGUGGGCCCGGUCACUCCCAUAGGCCCCAUAGGGCCCAUAGUCCCGUUCACCCCAAUAGGCCCUAUUGGGCCUAUAGGACCCACUGGCCCUGCAGGCACCCCUGGCUCCACUGGCUCUGGUGCCCCCACUGGAGCCAGCGUGCCCAGCUCUGCACCCAGCGAAACUACAAGUCCGACGUCAGAACCUGGACCGAACCAGCAGUUCAUUCAGCAAAUGGUGCAGGCUCUGGCUGGGGCAAAUCCUCCGCAGCUGCCGAACGCAGAAGUCCGAUUCCAGCAGCAACUGGAACAGCUCAACGCAAUGGGCUUCUUAAACCGCGAAGCAAACUUGCAGGCUCUGAUAGCAACAGGAGGCGACAUCAAUGCGGCCAUUGAGAGGCUGCUGGGCUCCCAGCCGUCCUAAUUACGUUUCUGUACCUUGAAAAAAAUGUAUCUUAUUUUUGAUAAUGGCUCUUAAAUCUUUAAUCACACACAGAAUCGUGCUAUACUUUGAUUUUGAUUCUUUUAAAUCUGUUUAGUUAUAAAUCUUAAUACGAUGCAUUUUAAGGUGGAGUCCUUCCCUCCCUCCCCGUUCCUUCCCUCCCUUAACCCCUUCCCUUUCCCUAUCUCUUCCUCCCCCUGCCUUCGUGUCCUUUGAUUUCCUUCUCCGUUUUGAAUGGUGGGGAUCAAUGCUGUCUCACUCAAAGCUGUUGCAUGUGAACUUUUCUCUUUAUUCUGCAUUUAUUGUGACUUUUGGAACAGGUAUCAGCCUUCACAGUUGGGUGAACAAGUUUUGUCCUACAGAUGUCUGAUUUAUUUGCAUUUUAACAUUAGCCUAUGAUAGUAAUUUAAUGUAGAAUGAACGAUAUUAAAAACAGAAGCAAAUUAUUUGAAGCUCUCUAAUUUGUGGUACAAUAUUGCUUCUUGUGACUUUGGCAUGUAUUUUUGCUAGCAAAAUGCUGUAAGAUUUGUACCAUUCGUCGAUCUUUUUUGCUAUGUUUGUACACAGUACAGUAAGCACAAUUGGAACUGUACAUCUAGAAAUAUUGCAGUAGAAUCUCUGAGCAGAAUAUGUGUAACCAAAAGGAGAAAGGAUACCAGAAAUAUUGUGGAGCUAGUUAUGUCUCACAGUUUUGUAGAAUCUUACAGCAUAUUUGAUAAAUUUCUCAGUGAAAUGUUGGCUAGGCAAGUUCAGUUAAACUAUAGUAGAAAUGUUUAUCCUGGUAUAUCUAAGUAUACAUUUAAUUGUACAGAAAACUUACAGUGUAACAUUGUGUCAACAUUUGCAGAUUGACUGUAUAUGACCUUAAUCUUUGUGCAGCCUGGAGGGUCAGUGUAGUAAUGCCAGGAAAGUGAUUUUACCUAAGACUUCCUUCUCAGAUUCUCCCAUAAAGAGACCCUAAUAUGCAUUUUGAUUUGUAAUUGGAAAUGUAACUUUCACUGAAAGUGUCAUGUGAUGUUUGCAUUACUUUAACUGCUAUGUAUAAAAGGAAAGUGUAUUCUUUGACUUUAUCAGUUAUUUCUCUUGUGCACAGGGAAAAAUGCAUUAAAAAUGACUAAAAAAAAAUAAAAAAAUUUAAAAUGGA